CUCCGGACCAUGUCACAUAUGUGUACGAGAGCGGCGCCGCUGCACCCACACGUGUCGCACGGGGACCCGCAUCGCUGCCCGACGUAUCCCUCGGGCCCGUCGCAAAGCGCUGCAGAAGCUUGCUCUUCUCGAAAGGGCGGCAUUUCACCGGCCUUGCCCAAGGGCUGCCGCAUUGCAGCACAUCCGCCGAGCGCGCGCGCACGUAUAGCACCCAAAGAGAUCGACCAUGCGGCCCCGCUCCCUCGCCAGCGGCUCCACCACUACACGCCGCGCCCUGACCACCGCCACGCCGCCCGCGCCGAAGUCGCACGCGCUGGCCGCCGUCGGCGUCGCGGCCGGCGCCCUCGGGAGCGUAGCGGUGGGCGGCCUUCGUCGCGAUUCUACUCACGACUCGGCUGGACGUCGCGCACCACGCGGUCAACGGGACCUUUCCCCUCGACGUCAUGUGCAUGGGCGCGGCCGACGCCGCUGCCUACUACGCGGCCCCCGGCGCCGACGACGUGAAUGCGGCCGCCGUCACGGUCGCUCCCGAUCCGGUCGUCGUCAACGACGACGCCGCCGACUUCGUGGCGUCGGGGCCGUCGCGCGUCGCCGACCUAGGCGCGGGCUCGGUCCGGUCGGCCGGCGCCACGCGUCCGAGGCGCGGUCGACGUCUUCGCCGUCGACGCGAUCGACGUGCGGCCCCCGGCAAGCGGGCACGCGGCGGACGUCGUCGCCUCGCACCGUUCCAGCCCCGAGCGCGCCGGCGGACGUCCCCGAAGAUCCCUGGCCGUCGCCCCGUACAUGUUCGGUGUCCGCCGCCGUGCCUUCACGCCACUACGGCCUUGUCGUUUGCGCGGCGUUCCUACGACCGAGCGACCCCAGGGCCGCCGCCUACGGCUGAUCCCGCGGGCGGGCCCGUGGACGUGCUUGAGGCGCUGCCCAUUGCAAAGCCUGGAGCCCACGGCCCGUCCUCUACCGCAUCGAUACGCCAUCGCCGCGACCCGGACGCCAUCAUCGGCGCGACAGUCGUACUCACACAGGGGCCCUCGCCGCGCUGCGGCGCGCGGGCGCGCGGUCCGUCGACACGCUGGCGCCGAGGGCGCGCCCUGGCGGCGCCGCGUCGUGGAGUCCUUGUGGCCGCUACGGAAGCGCUGACGGUCGGCGCGCGCCGCGCGCGAGCCGCCGCCGCGACAGCGUCGCCCGCGGUGAUUGUCUGGACGUCGGCGGGCGAGCUGCGCGUGCUAGUGCGCGCCGACGACGCCGACGCCGCGCCGCUCGCCAAACGCCUCGGCUUGCGGUCGAUGGCCGACGCGCUCUGCUGCCGACGCGCUGACUGGCACCGCGUCGCGUGCGGAGCUGUCGUGGCGGGCGGUAUGCUCGUGGGAGCGCGGGUCGUCUGGGCGCGGCGAGCGCCGAUCGGCGCGCCCAUGUUGCCCUCGGGGUCAAGAGAGACAUGCUGAUGCUGUGGGUGCCGGCGUCGCGGCGGCGUUCCUCGCGGGCUGCCUCGCACGGACUCGCCCACGGCGCGCUCGCGGACGACGACCGUCCGGCCAAAGAAGCGGGCUUACGUCGAGGAGACGACGCCGCCGUGUCCUUCCCAAUGUGACGCGCACGAACCGAGCGCGCUAUGCGCCCGUGGUCUCCUGUAGUACUAAGGUGUGCGUAUAGU